CAAAUAUUCCUUUUCAAUCUAAAAAUAGAAUGGAACAUAUUGUGACGUAAUUCGAACCAUGACGUUGCUACAUAAAAUUAACGUCAAAGCCAUUGGAGACGUCAUAAGAAUAGGAUGUAACUGCAUUCUGAGAUCACUGAGAUCACUGAGGUCAAGUGUUGCAGAAUGUCUGUUGCCCUGUCCUACGACCCUCUCACCCACCAAGUGACAGACGUCAAAACUAAAACACCCCUACAUUCUCUAGAAUAUUGCUGCAGGAGGACUAUACUGUCCCGGAUAGGACUUGAUAAUUUACAGCUGGUCAAUCAACUACCAUUACCAUCAAGCAUGAAAGCGACAUUAGUAAGACUGAGAGUAUCUGAUUUUUUUAUUGAUGCUGAGAAAAUUCCACCAGAAAGUCACAGUUCUCGUACAUUUCCAGCAACAUGUCUACUUACUGACAGCACUAUCAUACUAAAACUAGUAUCUUCAAAAUCCAAAGUGAACAAAAAGGACCCAAAUUUUCUCACCUCAUUUGAAGACGGUAACCAACAGUUUGUUAUAGAACAAGAGCUCAAAACAUUAUCUACGACGAUAGCUAACUGCAAAACAGAUAAUAUACGACUUAAAGAGAAAUUCAUAAAAUCAGCAUUGCUUCACCUGGUCAACCAUUUAAUUAAGAAGAAAACCCCCGUCACUACCCAUAUCUCUAGUGAAUGCAUCAUACUUCAUCCAAAUGAUAAAUUUUCUAUACAGAUUGUCACAAAUGAUGACCCAAAUGCUCAAAAUAUGAUGCCGGGAGCCAGUAACGCUGUCUACGAGGCCCCAGAAGUUUUAAAUAACGAUAAUCCUGAUUCCAGGGCCCUAGUUUGGUCUGUUGGCUGUAUUCUUCAUGAAGCUCUGGCCCUGGAACCAGCAUUCCAUGACACAUCAGGAACCAAUCCCUUCCAAGUGUAUAUGAACAUAACGAAUGGAGUUAUUCCCCCUACUCCAUCAGAUGGUAGUGAAGAGUUACAGAACUUGCUGGAAAAGUGUUUAAUUCAUAACAGAGGAAGCAGGAUAUCUCUAAAUGAACUUAAAGAAGCUCUCAGCAAAUCUUAAAUUAUAUAUUUUUAUUUCAAUCAUGUCACAUGUUAUUUUUAAAGAAAUUUUAUAUCAUUAACUUAUUUACUUUUAAAGUAUUCAACAAUUUUAAUUCAACUUUUAAUUCUUUUUUUUUUUUUCAUGUUAAGAUUUUGUUAUUUCUAAGAAUAAAGUUAUGGAUAUUUAACGAUUA